UUGUUUUUGGAAAUGCUUUUGAGUCUUGCUGGAAAUGAGAACUGUAACACCUUCAAACUCGAUGGAAAGAAAGCCUGACUCCAAGAGCAGCAGAGAACUCUGGACCAUUCUGCUGGGCAGAUCGGCUUUGAGAGAACCUGGUCAGAUUGCAGCAGAGUUGAACAAGCAUUGGCAGAGGCUACUAGAGGGGCUUUCAUACUACAAACCUCCCAGUGCAAGUUCAGCCGAAAAAGUAAAAGCUGAUAAAGAUGUGGCUGCUCCACUGAAGGAACUGGGCCUGAGGAUCAGCAAGUUUUUGGGGCUGGAUGAAGAGCAAAGUGUGCAACUAUUGCAGUGUUAUCUUCAAGAGGAUUACAGAGGGACCCGGGACUCACUUAAGACUGUCCUGCAGGAUGAAAGGCAGAGUCAGGCUCUGAUGUUGAAGCUUGCUGACUAUUACUAUGAAGAAAGAAUGUGCAUUCUGCGCUGUGUCCUCAACCUACUCACUUAUUUUCAGGAUGAGAGGCACCCCUACAUGGCACAAUACUCGCAGUGUGUUGAGAAGCUGGACAAGGAACUGGUUCCUAAUUACCGGAAACAGUUUGAAGAUCUAUACAAAGCAGAAGCUCCUACAUGGGAAACACAUGGAAAUCUCAUGACAGAGCGCCAGGUGUCCCGCUGGUUUGUGCAGUGCCUCCGCGAGCAAUCCAUGCUUCUAGAAGUCAUCUUCCUUUACUAUGCAUACUUUGAGAUGGCACCUGAUGAGCUGCUGACCUUUGCCAGGCUUUUCAAAGAACAGGGAUUUGGCUCUAGACAGACCAACAGGCAUUUGGUGGAUGAAAGCAUGGAUCACCUGGUGGAUCGUAUUGGCUACUUCAGUGCUCUUAUCCUGGUGGAGGGCAUGGAAAUUGACUCCCUGCAUGAACGUGUGUUGGAUGAUAGGACGGAGGAACAUAAAUUUGCCAGUAAUGGGCGUAUGCACCAGGAAAUGGACCAUCUGCUGCUGACUUUAGGGGACAUCUCUCAUCAUGCCCCUGUGCUCUUGGCCUGGGCUUUGCUCCGUCACACAGUAACCCCAGAGGAGUCGACCAAUGCGAUCAGGCGAAUGGGAAGUACUGCUAUCCAGCUGAAUAUAUUCCAGUACCUGACAAAGCUGCUACGAUCACUCAGCAGUGGGGGGAAAAAUUGUACUGCCAGCACAGCUUGCAUGUGUAUUUAUGGGCUGCUUUCCUUUGUUCUGACCUCACUGGAAUUACAUACCUUAGGCAAUCAGCAGGACAUCAUUGAUGCAGCCUGUGAAGUUCUAGCAGCUUCCAGCAUUCCACAGCUCUUCUGGAGGACGGAGCCAACUGCAGGUCUGGGUAUUAUCCUGGACAGUGUGUGUGGGAUGUUCCCACAUCUUCUCUCUCCUCUUCUGCAGCUGCUCAAAGCCCUUGUAUCGGAUAAAUCUACUGCAAAAAAGGUGUACAGUUUCCUGGAUAAAAUGUCCUUCUACAUUGAGUUGUACAAACACAAGCCUCCUGAUGUGAUCUCGCAUGAAGAUGGCACCCUCUGGAGAAGGCAGGUGCCAAAACUUCUCUAUCCCCUGGGACUGGGCCAGACAAACCUACGAAUACCUCAGGGAACAGUGGGCCAGGUGAUGCUGGAUGACCGGGCAUACUUAGUACGAUGGGAAUAUUCCUACAGCAGCUGGACAUUGUUCACCUGUGAAAUUGAGAUGCUGCUCCAUGUUGUAUCGACAGCAGAUGUGAUUCAGCACUGCCAGAGGGUCAAGCCAGUCAUUGACCUGGUUCACAAGGUCAUCAGCACUGAUGUGUCGAUAGCAGAUUGUCUUCUGCCAAUCACAUCACGGAUCUACAUGCUGUUACAGAGGUUAACAAGUGUGAUCUCUCCCCCAGUGGAUGUUAUUGCUUCUUGUGUCAAUUGUUUGACUGUAUUGGCUGCCCGCAUGCCAGCUAAGGUCUGGACUGAUCUUCACCACACAGGGUUCUUACCAUUUGUUGCCAAUCCAGUUUCCAGUAUGAGUCACAUGAUUAGUGCUGAGGGAAUGAAUGCUGGGGGCUAUGGAAACCUGUUGAUGAGCGUGGAACAGCCUCAGGGCGAGUAUGGUGUCACCAUCUCCUUCCUACACUUGGUCACAACUCUUGUCCGUGGACAACUUGGCAGCACCCAGAGCCAAGGGCUGAUGCCCUGCAUUGUGUUUGUGCUGAAGGAAAUGUUACCAAACUACCACAAAUGGCGCUAUAACUCCCAUGGAGUGAGAGAACGAAUUGGGUGCCUAAUCCUGCAGCUCAUCCACGCUAUUCUGAAUCUCUGCCCUGAAAUGGAUCCUCACAGCAGCAAUGCUCCAAGCCUGCAGUCCUUGUGCAUCUUCAGCCUGGCCAACACAGAAGCAGGACAGGCUGUCAUUAACAUCAUGGGCAUCGGUGUGGACACCAUUGAUAUGGUAAUGGCCUCACAGUCCUGUAGUUAUACUCACUCACUGGAGAAUUUCAAGGGAAUUGCACGCAUUGCAGAUUUGUGGAACGAUGAGUCACUGGGCCAGGGCCAGCUGCUGAUCCAGACAGUAAAGCUGGCAUUCUCGGUCACCAAUAACGUCAUCCGGUUGAAAUCCCCUUCUAGCGUGGUAUCCCCACUAGAACAGGCACUUACUCAGCAUGGUGCUCAUGGGAACAAUCUGAUUGCUGUCUUGGCCAAAUAUAUCUACCACAAACACGACCCAGCACUGCCACGCCUUGCCAUCCAGCUGCUCAAACGACUCGCUACGGUAGCUCCAAUGUCAGUUUACGCCUGCCUUGGGAGUGAUGCUGCUGCCAUUCGUGAUGCCUUUUUGACCCGCCUGCAGAGUAAGAUUGAGGACAUGCGCAUUAAAGUCAUGAUCCUGGAGUUCCUCACUGUUGCUGUAGAGACACAGCCUGGGCUCAUUGAGCUCUUCCUGAACCUGGAAGUGAAAGAUGGGAGUGAUGGGUCAAAGGAAUUCAGCUUAGGGGAAUGGAGUUGCCUCCAAGUGGUCUUGGAACUGAUAGACUCCAAACAGCAGGAAAGAUACUGGUGCCCUCCCCUCUUGCACCGGGCUGCCAUUGCAUUCCUUCAUGCCCUGUGGCAGGACCGUCGGGAUAGUGCCAUGCUGGUCUUGAGGACCAAGCCAAAGUUUUGGGAAAACUUAACCAACCCCCUCUUUGGGACCCUUUCUCCCCCCUCAGAAACAUCAGAGCUCAGUGUCUUGGACACGUGUGCCUUAAUCAUGAAAAUCAUCUGCCUGGAGAUCUACUAUGUGGUCAAGGGCUCACUGGACCAAUCCCUGAAAGACACCCUGAAGAAGUUCUCCACAGAAAAGCGCUUUGCUUACUGGUCAGGAUAUGUGAAGUCAUUGGCAUUGCAUAUGGCAGAGACAGAGGGUAGCAGCUGCACCUCCUUGACGGAGUAUCAGAUGCUGAUCUCGGCCUGGCGGAUGCUGCUGAUUAUCUCCACCAGUCAUGCAGAUAUAAUGCAUCUGACUGAAACUGCAGUCCGGCAGCAACUGUUUCUGGAGGUGCUAAGUGGGACCAAAGCUUUACUGCUGGUCCCCAUGUCGGUGUUGUGCCUGCAGCUGGGGUCCAUGCUGUGCACCCUUCUGCUGAUCCUGCUUAGACAGUGGAAGAGCGAGUUGGGUUCUGUGGAUAAAAUCAUAAACUCCUUGACGCAGAUUCUGGAGGGAGUGCUGCAGGCAGAUCAGCAGAUGAUGGAGAAGACCAAGGCUAAGGUGUUCUCUGCUCUCAUCACUGUUCUGCAGAUGAAGGAGAUGAAAGUGAGCGAGAUCCCUCAGUACUCCCAGCUGGUGAUGAGCGUGUGCGAGACCCUACAAGAUGAAGUAAUUGUGCUCUUUGAUCAGACACGACACAGCCUCACGUCUGGAGACUCUGCAGAUGACAAGGACAGCAUGGAAACAGAUGAUGCCUGCCGGGGUAAACACAAGGACCAGCGAGAUGGGGUGUGUGUUCUAGGGCUGCAUCUGGCAAAGGAACUCUGUGAAGUAGACGAAGAUGGAGAUUACUGGCUGCAGGUUACUAGGAAGGUCCCUAUGCUGCCUACUAUCUUCACUGCCCUAGAGAUCAGCCUGAGAGUUAAACAAAACCUUCACUUCACAGAAGCCUCAUUGCAUCUACUGCUGACCUUAGCCAGGACGCAACAGGGUGCAGCAGCUGUGGCUAGUGCUGGUGUCACACAGAGCAUCUGUUUGUCCCUCUUGAGCGUAUACCAGCUCAGCACUAAUGGAACAAUUCAGACACCUGCUUCAUCUCGGAAGUCUCUGGAUGCCCCAUCCUGGCCUGGGGUCUAUCGUCUCUCCAUAUCAUUGAUGGAGCGCCUUCUUAAGACACUAAGGUACAACUUCCUGACAGAGGCACUGGACUUUGUGGGUGUCCAUCAGGAGAGGAUUCUUCAGUGCCUGAAUGCAGUACGGACAGUGCAGAGCCUGGCCUGUCUGGAAGAAGCUGACCACACUGUUGGCUUCAUUCUUCAGCUCUCCAACUUUAUGAAAGAGUGGCAUUUCCACCUUCCACAGCUCUUGAGGGACAUACAGGUGAACUUGUGUUACCUCUGCCAGGCUUGUACCUCCCUCCUGCACAGCCGCAAAAUGCUUCAGCACUACCUGCAGACGAAAAAUGGCGACUCCCUCCCAUCAGCUGUGACACCUCGAGUGCAACGCACCCCCCAGACCUCCUCCAAGCAUCCGAGCCCUGAGUCAGAGGCAGCCGAGCAGAAGGCGCUGCGUACGGUGCAGUAUGGUCUCUUGAAAAUUCUCAGCAAAUCUCUAGCUGCCCUACGCCACUUCACCCCCGACGUCUGCCAGAUCCUCCUUGAUCAGUCACUGGACCUGGCUGAGUACAACCUUCUCUUUGUUUUGAGUUUUACAACACCUGCCUUCGAUUCAGAUGUCGCUCCCUCCUUUGGGACCCUCUUGGCCACUGUCAAUGUGGCCCUUAACAUGUUGGGAGAGCUGGAUAAGAAGAAAGAGCCCUCCGCUCAAGCUGCAGGGCUGAAUACACAAGAGGAGACUAAAACUCUUAAGUCUUUGCUCAUGUUUACAAUGGAAAACUGUUUCUACCUGCUCAUCUCCCAGGCUGUUCGGUAUUUGAGGGACCCAGCGGUGCAUCCACGAGACAAGCAGCGGAUGAAGCAGGAGCUCAGCUCUGAGCUGAGUACACUGCUCUCAAGCCUCUCUCGUUACUUUCGCCGGGGCGGCCCCUCUUCUCCAGCCAGUGGGGUUCUUCCCUCUCCCCAGGGAAAGUCUGCCUCCAAGAUUGGCCCUGAGGGGCAGGAGCCUUUGGUCCAGCUGGUACAAGCCUUUGUCAGACAUGUGCAGAGAUAGGUUGUGUGCUAUUGCUGCUAUUUCAGGAUUGCACCAGAACUAUUCAUUUCCACCUCAGAAGGCAUCAUGCUUGGUUGGGCUCAUAACUGAGUUGUAACAUCUGCUGGGGAGAUAUAUCCUGUUGGAUGCUUGCACCUGAGUCGGAGAGUCAACAUAAGAAGGUCCAAGAACGCUGCCCUGUCCAAAGAACUGCUCAGUCCAUGCAUGCUCCUUGCCUGCUAGAGUGAUCAGGCUGGGUUUAAGUGUUGACCAGUCAAAACCUUUAUUUUUAUAGCUUGUGCACAGCAGUUGGGUGGGGAGAGGAGGCAGGUUUUUAACUAUUUUCCUUUGAGCAUUAACUCUGCUCUUAGUACAAGGUGCAAUCUUCCUCUCCCCAUCAGUAAGUCUGGUGAGGCACAGGCUAGUGAGCAGCCAGCAAUUCAGAGACCAGCUUUCUAUUGCUAUUUUUGUAUCAAAGGGUGCCAGUCACUGCUGCUGGGUUGGCAGAGCAAGGUAAAACGGGGUGUGUGCACCUGUGUCCCUCCUGCUGUUGAUUUGCGUGAUAUGUACAUUUUUGAGGACUAGAAGGCAGCCUCCUCCAAAAGGUUUUUAAGUCAAAAUUCCAUUGCUCGGAUCUUGCAUUUUUUGUAACUGUGCCCUAUUUAUACUGAUAUUAAAACAUUUAUAAACA